AUGGCACAAAGACUUGUGCAGAACACCGUCCUUUGGCUGAGACCAUCCUGCCCUCCCUCGAAACCCUUAGAAAGUCAGUCGGAACUCUACAUGUGCCCGGGAAAUAUGCACCUGCGGUGGCAAUGCAAUAACACACUCGAGAAGGUCAGCGUGAAGGGAAGGAGGGGCAGGGGCCCAGGCCAGCUCAGGGACACCGAGGCCUGA